CCCCCCCCCCUCGUCGGGAACGUCAGGCUGGCGUAAGCCCGCCGUAGCACCGUCAAAAAAAGAACUGUGCAGAGAACUUCAGUACAAGAUGCAAAGGGGAAGGGGCGGGAGAGGUGGUCUCUUCGGUUUUGGGGACCCUUUUCCUGCUUUUGGCGGCUUUGUACCACCUGGGAACCUUAUGUCCAGUUUCUUUGGUGGGUCAAAUCCCUUUGAUGAUCCCUUCUUCACCAAUCCCUCUGGUUCUAUGAUUGGACCUAGCCUGUUUGAGAAAAGCAUUUUUGGUUCAAGCAUGUUCCGGCCACACGGAGCUCUAAAUGUAGGAGGCUUCCAGCAGCAAGGUCCUGAACCAAGCAGGCCAAAAGGGCCGAUUAUUGAGGAAUUGCCUUCAGACGACGAGGAUGGUGCAGAUGCGAAUGAACAUGAUGAGAAGAAGAGAACUAACUCUAUGAAACAUCCAAGGAUUAGCAAAGAGCCAUAUGUGGAGGACUCUGGUGAUGAAGUUCAAGAUAAUAAGAGACCUAGGCAUGAGAAAUUUGGGAAAGAGUAUGUCAGGGCUGGCACAUCAUAUCAACAGCCAGAGACCUAUAUGUUUCAGAGCUCAACUGUUACAUAUGGUGGUUCAAAUGGGGCAUGUUAUAUGUCUUCAACGACUAGGAGGAGUGGUGGAGAUGGGGUUACAAUGGAAGAAAGUAAGGAAGCAGACACAACAAGCGGUAAAGCAACUCACAGGAUCGCACGUGGCAUUGGCAAUAAGGGUCAUGCACUGACUAGAAAACUGAACUGCGAUGGAAAAGUUAACACCAUGCAAACUUUGCAGAACUUGAGUGAAGAUGAGCUUGCUGGGUUUGAGGAAUCAUGGCAAAGGAAUGCAGGGCCUUGUCUGCCUGGUUGGGAUCCCAGAUUAAACAUGCUUAACAGUGAUAAAGCGGGGACUCUUAGACCUGGCAUCCAAGAAGAUAAUGGAAUGUCUGCACUUCCAACACCCAAUGAAAUGUUUGCUCUUCCAGCACCCGAACAAUAUCGUGGCUCCAUUUCCUCGAGGAUGAAGAGGCGCCCUUUGAAUGGUUCAUCCCAGGGCAGUCCCCGUCCAUGAUUUCCUCGGGAAUUUAGGUAGAACUGUGUUCCCGGUUUGAAGAAAAGGAAGAGGAUGAAUCGCUAGCUCACUGCAGCUAUUCAGAAAACUAUGUCUACGUUUUACUCAGCUUAGCUUAAAAGGUUCUGUUGCUAUUGUUGAUGUAUAUUGUUGUUCCCUUCAGCAUGGAUGCGCACGCAAUCAUAAAAAACGUAACUUCUGUUUACAAGAACGAUCAUGUUUUCCACGACUGUUGAGUAACUUUGUAAGGCAAGGCUGCAUUCCUGUA